AUGAUCCCAUGGUCAUCCUUCAACUCAAGCGAGUUGGGACACGAGUGGCGGAUUGACCUCAAUGAACACAACCUGGCACACUUUGUCGACCGCGAGGGCCGGUCACCACUGCAGGAGAGGAUGAACUUCCCGAUGCUCGAAUCGGCGCACGAACGACGAUUUGCGGUCGCUCAGAUGGGCACGCAAUGUUCGAACUUCGAAGCCUGGCACAAAGCACGCCUCGAAUACGCUCUUCAAACCACCAAAAGCCGCUUCACCGCCCAUGCGCUGGAGGGAUCGAGUCCUCCUAACUCGCCUCACGUUCAGGAUCUCCCUGACCUUCAACUCCCGUCUCUGGCAUUGGCGCCACUCCCACCGCUCCCACCGCUAGAGAUGGAGAUAUCUGAUCUGCCCGAACUGGAGUCCGCGCGUGCAGUGUCACCACCACUACCAAGCAAGCCUUCUACCACAGCUCUGACCCUAGAUCAGCUCAUGAACCCGGAGCCUUUGAGCCCAUGUCUAGACAAUGGCCCGCCAAACCCGUCCCCCACGGGUCACUCAGCCAUCAUACCAGACUCGUCUCCCGAGCCAGUGGAGGAGAUCGUCGAUCCGGCCGCCUUGAGACGGGUCUUUAAUCGAGCCGUUCACUUCUCCCUGUUGGAUCGACAAGGUCGGGCCCGCAGGGAUAUACGCCAACGUAUCUCAAAGACAGACCUACGGACAAAGUCAGGACAUGAUGACCUGGGCGACGGACAAAAUGGCCUGACCGGCGGACAAAAUGACCUGGACGACGAACAAAACGAAUCCGAGCAUGAGGAUGACCUGUGUAGGGUGUCGAGGGAUCCGACAUGA